UAUAGUUCUAACCGCAAUCGAUCGUCGCUUCACCGGACUUGCGCCUCGAAGGUGUCAACAAUAUCAGCACCGCGAGAAAGAACAAGAAUCGGCAUGGGCUACGUGACGAGAUACCCCAACGAGCCAGACGAGCCGUUCACCGAGUGGGACAUUACGAUCGACCAGGUCGAGGAUGGCGAGCUGGACAAGCCCGUUGACAGCGUGCAGCUCGAACCAUCUUCGGAACACGGCCUCCCUCCCUUGGUGCUGGGAUGCGCUCCCUUCAGUUCGGUCUAUGGAGAUGCGAAUCAAGCCUCGCUCUACCUCCGGAUGACUCGUUUGGCUCUUCGGUACGGUAUCACAGCGUUCGAUACCGCACCUCACUAUCAUCCUUCGGAAAUUAUUCUCGGGAAAUGCCUCUACGCGCUCAAAGACGAGUUCCCUAGGGACAAGUACAGCAUCAUUACCAAGUGCGGAAAGUAUAGUCCGCGGAAGGAAGAUCAUGUACUGGAUGAAGACUUGUUGAGGGCUUGUGUAGAGAGGAGUCUGAAGCGUUUCAAGACCAAUUUCUUGGAUGUCGUCUACAUUCACGACGCCGAGUUCAACUCGUCUAUCACCCCGCCUGCAGGUGAUCCUACCCGAGCCUUGGAUUCCAGCGCGAAUUACGACGCAGAGUACGUUGUCGCCUGUGGUUUGGAGCCAGAGAAGCGGGGAGCGCCAAGAGGUGAAGGAGACGAAAAGAUCAUCAAGGCCGUCAAGGUGUUGAGGGAUUUGCAAGCUCAAGGCAAGAUCAGGAAGAUUGGGAUGAGCGCGUACACGUUACCCACUCUCCUUCGUCUAUCUAUCAUGGUCCUUGAACAGACGGGUCAACCGCUCGACAUUAUCCAGACCUACUCUCAUGCCAACUUGCAGAACAACACCUUGCCAGCCUUUCUCCCGCAUUUCGAAAACGUCGCCAAGGUUCCGAUCGUCAUGAACGCCUCUCCCCUCAAUAUGGGCUUGCUGACCACGGGGGGUGGACCCGAGUGGCAUCCAGCGCCUCCGGGUAUGAAGGAAUGUACGCAAGGUUUGGCAAAGGAGACCCCAGGGCGAGCACAGGAACUGGGAUUGGAGAACAUCAAGAUUGAGGACGUAGCGGUCUCUUUUGGAAUGCGGGAGUUUGAAGUCAAGGAUGGGACUGGUGAGAAUGCCAAGACGUCCUUACCGGUUGUCGUCGGUGUCACUACCCUCGAACAGAUUCAUACUGCCAUCAAGUCGUUCCUUGCGGUAAGACAGCCGUCUGACCUGGGGCGAGAUGAAAAGAUGCGCAAGCUCGAGACCGAGGCAAGAGGCAAGAUUCAAAGCGCCGGAUGGGCUGAUUGGAGCUGGGAGUCGUAAAUUGACUAGAUGAUCGAAUGUCAUAUAGAAGUAAUCGAGUUGUAAGCAAAUAGUUGCAUGUUCCGGGUUAUCAGUCUUGUCUUAUGCGAUCUUGAAUCCGCUGGCCUGGUUGCGCCUCUCGCAAGCCGGCAGUCAAUGAUCAAUGAUCAGAGUUCCAAGAACGAGGCACUACUGUAGUCACAUGACACCGACUUUUGCUUUGAUGCGCGUCGCCUUCUUCCCCGCCACAAAGUAAAUAGUCUCGGUCGGGGCGUGAUGACGAAGAUGGCAGAUGUGGCACAAGGGA